AAUUUAUUUUCAUUAAAUGUGACAGUGUAUUUGUAUUAAGUGAAAACAACGGAAUUGUACAGUAAUGUUAUCGUUACGAUAUCGAAAACUACAUCCACACAGAGAUAGUUCUUGUUUUAAGUAUAACAUUGGCGUUUCAUUAACGGCAACAUUCAUUUAUCGUGGCAAUAUCGAUUGUUGUUCACAAUAAACUCGUAUGUACAACGAAUCAGUCGAUCAUAUGUGCAUAACUAGUCGCAAAUGUGUCUGAGUUUGACGAGCGUUGGCAAGAAAAAUGGUUUUUGGACGCUUUGUUAAUCUAUUUACUAUGUAUAGAUCGUAUAGAUACAAACGUAUGCGCCGUAUAUCAGGUGAAGAAAUAAAGUCUGAGGUUUCAGGUCCUGCAAACUUCGAACGAGCAAUUAUAGCAACAGGAUAUGGAAAAUUUAAUUAUUUGCUAUUACUGGCGGUGCUACCGGCCAGCUUCUCCAGUAUCUUUUCGUCGUCAGCAAUAUCCUACGUGCUACCAUCCGCCGAAUGUGAUCUUCAGUUAACGAUGUUCGACAAGGGACUGUUGAAUUCGAUGGCAUUCGCAGGAAUGAUUAUUACGGCAUUCUUCUGGGGUUGUGUUACUGACAUAUUCGGUCGUAAGAAAAUAAUGUUCUAUGGUUACCUACUUACUGGUCUACUAAGCGUGGCGAUGUGUUUCUCACACAAAUCUUGGCAUUUAAUAACGUUUAAAUUUUUUGACGGUAUGAUUAUAUCUGGUCCAUAUGCGGCACUUAUGUCGUAUUUAGCGGAAAUACACAACGAAGCACAUCGAUCGAGGUCGUACAUGUGGCUUGGCGUGUUCUUCUCUCUGGGAAACAUUUCUUUGCCAUGUAUAGCAUGGCUUAUAAUACCUCAAAAGUGGUACAUGAAGUUUUUAAGCGAUACAUUAGAGAUAGCUUCCUGGAGAAUGUUCUUAGCCAUUUGUUCCCUACCCGAAUUUUUAGCAUGCAUAGCCCUUUUCGCUUUCCCAGAGAGUCCGCGUUUCCUUAUCUUAAAGGGUCGACAUGACGAGGCAUUGAAUGUCUUCAGAAAAAUCUACUCACUCAAUACUGGCAAGGAUCCCGAUACAUAUCCGAUAAAAAGUCUAGAGGAUGAAUAUUCCAUUGAAUCAUGCGGAGAACGUAUACAGGACAAGCUGAAGAAUUGUUGCAAACUGAUAAAGCCACUCUUUUUGCGACCCAAUGUCUUCAGAUUGAUACUCAUAUCAAUGAUACAGCUUGGAGCAACAAUAGGAUCGAAUUCGCUUCGACUUUGGAUGCCCCAGCUGUUCGCAAUGAUUGAAAAUUAUAAAAAUACUGUGAUGAAGGACGAUAACCACAUAUCAGGAUUGCAGCCUUCAUUUUGUUACAUGUUAGGUCAGGAAGAGUCGUAUCUUAAGUCCAUGCAUUAUGCCAACAAUACGAUAGGCAAUUCUACGACUGUAUGCGUUCCGGUCGAGUUGAAUUCCAGAGUCUUUAUCAAUUCCAUUGUCAUCGCCGUGACAGGUGUUAUCGGUUAUACUGUAGCCGGUUCUCUGAUAACUGUGGUUGGAAAGAGGAAGUUAAUGGCAAUUUGCUUCAUUGUCGCUGCUACUUGUUGUGGUUCAUUGUACUGGACUGAAGAUACUAAUGGUAUCCUCGGAUUGUCUUCGGUAUUUGUUGCCAUGACGAGUAUAGGCGGGGCAACCGUUGUUAAUAUCAUUGUCGAUAAUUUUCCUACAUAUCUAAGAACCAUGGCGGUUAGUAUAACCAUGAUGAUGGGAAGAAUUGGCGCAGUAAUCGGGAAUCUAUUAUUUCCGAUUUUAUUCAAUCUAUCGUGUUUAGGACCGUACGUCAUGAUCGGUUUAGCCUCUUUAGUGUCUGCAUUUUUGGUUGCUAUUCUACCCCGGAAAACAAUGCAAGAUGACAAACCAAAAAAUAUUGUUUAAUCUUUCUAGUUACAUAAAACCAGUUGAUUUCUUUAUUUGUUGUAUUAUUUUUCGAAAAGUCAAUAUGUAAAUAUCUUUUCGCAUCUUGUGCAGUUUAAUAUAACUGUCAUCGUUGUUUUAUCGUCGCGUUAUAUCUUCCAUUAUGUAAAUAUGCACACUCAUUUAGUAAAUAAGGCCUAUAUUCUCCCAUCUAAUGUAUUCUAUAUACGCGUAUAUAAUAUAAACGAAGAAAUCAUCCGAUGUGUACAAUACACAUUUUAAGUUCAUUCCACAACAACACAACAACAACAAAACAAAAACAAAAAACGACUGUAAUAUUUAAUAUCUCGUUUAAUACUUCUGCCUUUGAUUGUUCUAAUCUUAUUUAUCACAAUUUUUUGAUAUGAGCAUAACA